CCAAAUCGAUCGCUUUCUCCUUGGCGUUGCGUGGAAUGGGACGAGAAUUCGAUCGAUCUCUCUUGUCCGCGUAGGUGUUUUCCACGCAAUAGAAUAAUCUUCUCCCCUCCCUCCCUCCUCGCAUUUAUUUCCUUGUCGCGGAGAACAGGAGCUCGAGCUAGAUUUCGGGACUCCUGUCUUGGAAUUUCGGCGCUAUCGAUCGAUUCAAUCGAAAGGAGCGCGAGAGAGGAGAUACUCGAUCGCGGAUUCACAAGGAAAAGAUUGAUUGGAAUCCAUCCAUGGGUGCUGUGGCCAAGGAGAUGAUGAUGAAUGGCGAGGCCAAUGCUGGGAGUAAGCUGGACAGGGUCAUUCUCCGGAUCGACGAGGACGCUCCAUCCCCGACCGGGCAGCCAAGCCUCGCGAGAAAUUCCACCCACAUUGCCGAGGACGAGCGGAAAGAGGGAUCCCUGGAACGGAGCAACAGCUAUUUCUUCCAAGACGAUCCCGCCACUCUCUCGGCUGCGCAGUCGAUCGAUCCUCCCACCAAGCUCAUCGGCGAAUUCCUGAGGCACCAGAAGGAAUCCGGGGAUUUCCAGCUCGAUCCGGGCGUGGGCGUGGACGGCGAGCUCACAUUCUGGGAAUCACCCAGUACUAAGGCCUCGUUGCGGCGCCGCUCCAGCUCCACGUCCGAUCGAUACCCUGACGCCGCCGAAGCUGGAGCGCUCGAUCCAUCCUCCGCCAAGGCAGCCUCCAGGAUUCCAUCCUACGGUCGCUGCAAAUCCAGACUCGGGGAUCCACCGCCGCCACCUCUCCGGUCAGGGCUGCUCAAAUCCUCGGGAGUUCUCAACAAAUCCCCGGACGCUCAAGCGGCAGGAUCGGCGACCGGGGCGGCGGAGGACGAUCCACUGGACGUGCCCGACGAUCUCAUCCACAAGCCCUGGAAUCUGUGGGUGUUCUUGGAAUGGGGGUUUCUGGCGCUCAGCAUUGGGGCCCUAGUGUGUACCACCAACAUCCCGGUGCUCGAGCGCCGCAAGCUCCUGGGCCUCCAUCUCUGGCGCUGGGCGGUGCUCGCGCUCGUCAUCCUCAGCGGCCGCCUCCUCUCGGGCUGGAUCAUCCGCUUCCUCGUCUUCUUCAUCGAGCGGAACUUCAUCCUGCGCAAGCGCCUCGUCUACUUCGUCUAUGGCCUCCACAAGGGCGUCCAAAACUGCCUGUGGUUUGGGAUCAUCCUCCUGGCCUGGCGCCUCCUCUUCGAUCCAAACCUCCCGCUGCCCAUCCGGCGCGAGCGCAAGGCCCUCGAGAUCGUCACCAGGAUCCUCAUCUGCCUGCUCGUCGCCGCCUCGCUCUGGCUCGUCAAGAUCCUCCUCGUCAAGGUGCUCGCGCUCAGCUUUCACGUCAACACCUUUUUCGAUCGCAUCCAGGAGUCUCUUUUCAAUGAGUACAUCCUCGAGUCUCUCUCGGGGCCGCCGCUGCUGGAGAGCCAGGGCAAUCCGAGCCAGGUGCUCAAGAGAUCCGGCGAGGCUGGCAAGAGAUCUAGCGAGGCUGACCCGCGAUUGCUCAAGAAAUCCGGGAACAUUGGCGGUGGUGGCGGUGGCGAUCACAAGAGCGGCGGCCCCAUUAGCAUCGAGCACCUCCAGCGCAUGAACCAGAAGAACGUCUCGGCCUGGAACAUGAAGAGGCUCAUCCGGCUCGCCAAAUCGCCGCGGAUCACGACGCUGGCGCACGCCAUCGACUCCGACGAGGAUUCCUGCGGGGGCGGUAGCGGCGGAUUGGAGGGCGACUGGCAGGCCAAGGCGGCGGCCAAGCACAUCUUCAACAAUGCCGCUCGCCCGGGAUGCCGCUGCCUCUCCCUCGUCGAUCUCAUGAGGUUCCUGGGCGACGAGGAGUGCGCGAUCAAGGCGUUCGCGCUCUUCGAUGGCGCCAUGGAGACUGGCAAGAUCAGUAAGCAAGCGCUCGUCAACUUUGUGGUGAAUGUAUACCGGGAGAAGCGGGCGCUCUCCUUCUCGCUCAAUGACACCAAGACGGCGGUAAAAAAGCUCCACCGGAUCACGGACGUGAUCAUGGGGAUCAUAAUCCUCGUGAUCUGGCUGCUCAUUCUGGGAAUCGCGACGACGCACUUGCUCGUAGCGCUCUCGUCCCAGCUGGUUCUAGCGGUGUUCGUCUUUGGCAACACAUGCAAGACGGUGUUCGAGGCCAUCAUCUUCUUGUUUGCGAUGCAUCCCUUCGACGUGGGCGAUCGUUGCGUGGUCGAUGGAGUUCAGAUGGUGGUGGAAGAGAUGAACAUCCUGACCACCGUCUUCCUCCGCUACGACAACGAGAAGAUCUACUACCCGAAUUCCGUGCUGGCGACCAAACCGAUCAGCAACUUCUACCGCAGCCCCGACAUGGGCGACGCCAUCGAUUUCAGCCUCCACAUCUCCACCCCUGCCGAGAAGAUCGACGCGCUCAAGGUGAGGAUCAAGCGGUACAUCGACAGCCACCUCCACCACUGGCAUCCCAAGCACGACGUGGUGAUGCGCGAGAUCGAGGACAUGAACAGGGUCCGGAUGUCCCUGUGGCUCCAGCACACGAUGAAUCACCAGAACGCGGGCGAGAAGUGGAUCCGCCGCUCGGAUCUCCUCAUCCAUCUCAAGGAUUCGUUCCAGGAGCUGGAGAUCGACUACAGGCUGCUGCCCCAAGAGGUGCGCCUGUCCCAAAGCCUCUAAAGCUCUGACCAGAGCACUUUUUUUUGUUUGGUAAGAAUAUUUAUUACUGUAGAAUAAAUGAGAUAUAAUCUAAAUAACUUAAAUUCUUUCU